AUGGAGUUUACAGAUGUCAAAGUAGCUGAGAUCAUGUUCCAGAAGCAGCUAGCGAAACGAGACUAUUCUGUGAUAUUCUUGGUGACUGUACUCCGUACCAUGAAAGUGGUGGCACCAUGGCCAUGGGACUCCAAGAUCCGCGAAACAAACCUCUUUAUCUGCGAAGCAACAGCGUAUCGACGCCUGACACAUGCUGGAAAAUAUGGCUUUGUCAAUGGGGUAUUCGAUAAGACAAGUCAAGGAGGAAUUAUAAAAAGGGUCAGAAAAAACCAGGUCUGA